ACACAACAUAAGGGGUCAAUUAGAUCAGAAUUUAGUGGUUGAUUAGUAGGUAGAAUAUACCCAAACAUUAGUUUGUUUGUAGUCAACAAGACUGUUAGAUUAUGGUUAUGCAAAAAUAAUUUUUUUGGUCAAUUUUGAACAAAAAUUAAAGUGUUGCAUAUCGAACUUUAAUUUGCUCAAAAUCAUUCAGAAAUGAAUAAGAUAUUAAUUCCAAAUCCACUGUUUGAACAUUGAUUGAAAAAUGGUAGCUAACUUGAUUAACUUUGUCCAACCUAUAUUUUUUAUAAAAAUUUGUUGAUUUUAUUUGGUCUAACCUUCAACUUGGGCAUUCAAAUUUUGUGAAUGAAAAGUUUGUUGGCUUUGUUUAGGCCUCGUUUGGGAAUUGACUGUUUUAGUGACUUUUUAGCUUUUUAAUGAGGUGGAAAAAGGUGGUUGUGUUUAGAAAUGGCUUUCUUUAGUUGUAUUGAAAACAGUGAAUUACUGAGAUAAUUGACUCUUUUUUUUUCAGUGGCUUUUUCGCUACUUUAUCCAAAAAAUAAAAUUGCCAAACGGGCCUUAGUCUAACUUUUGACUGGGAGUUAGGCCCUUAGGGGCACUCAAAUUUUGUGGAUGGGGAGGAUCUAACUAAAUGGGCUAGAAUGCAUGCUUGCACUUCCGUAUCCAAGUUGGAUACAAUUAGGUGUGAGUAGUCUGUAUAUAUAUUUAUAUAUUGGAUAAAAUUAUUAAUUAGUUACUUUAAAAAAAUCAAAACUCGUAUGUUUUUUCGCAUGAAUAUAUAUAAUUUAGCUUCGUGAUUGUUUUGAAUAGUUAUUAGAAAGUCUAUAAAAUCAUCCCUUUUCCAGCAUAUACAUUCAUUCAAUUUUCUUUUUUUUUGUAUCAUUCAUUCUAAGAGUCUAAGGGAGUGUUUGUUUGGAAAGAUUAGAAAAAGUAUUGAAUUCCAUGUACACCAUAUCGAGUAAUCCAUUAUUUGGUUGAAAAAUUGUAGGUUGGACUAAUAGUCCAAUUGGAUUGUUAGUCCCCCAUAUGUGAGACUAUCAUGUCCCGGUGGGAGAGAUGGGAUACAUAAUCCCUGGACAAGUCUUCGUCUAGAUUAACAAGGAAAAAGACAGUUUUACCCUCCAAAUAUUUAGGACAUGUUUGGUUUAGUUUUUAGAAACUAAUUUUUAACUUUUUUUCAAAAAAUAAAAAAAAAAUUGCUUUGUGAAAAAAAUAAAAAAUAAAAAAUAAUUUUAAAACUAGUCAUUUUUUAACUUCUAAUCCCACGACUAAAUAAAUAUGAGAUAUACAUCAUUUCCAACCUAAUAGUCUAGGGAUUAUAUAUCCCAUGAUUAACAGUCUAUUGAAUUAUAAUCUCUCCUUAUCCAGUCUGUCCAUAUAAAUAUGUCCUAAGAGUGUCAUUUGUUUGGUUCACCAGGCAAACACUCGAAAUGUUUCCAUUGAUCAUUGUAGCGAGGGACGAAUGUCGUAUUAAAAAGAUAGUGUCCAACACUAAUUUUGAUCAGAUUUUGUAUCUGCAAUUUACGUUUUGUAAGUUUACUUUCUUCUUCUUUUUUUUGGUUAAAUUUGUAUAGUUCUAAAUUCUAUUUUUUUAAUAACUUUUUGGUUUCCAAUCUGUUUUUAGCCAUUGUUUUCCAACAUAGACUGGAUUGGUAUCACGCUUUGAUCCAAUUAUAAAAAAAAUUGAUUUCUAACCCAAUCCAAUUAUGAUAAAUUCAAUUAGAGAUUAUCCGAAUCCAAAUCUAAUUUAUCUCAUUAUUUGGUCUGAAAAUCUGAUGCCAACAUGAGUUUGAAAUGUCCACCGCUCAUGAUACCACACGGCCAAAUUAAGUUACAUAGUUAAGCAUAUUAACUACACUCAAACAAGUCUAAUCUUUCUUAUUCUUUACCCAAAUCUAAUUAUUAGCCUGCAUCAUAAUUUACUUAAAUUUUAACCAGGAUAAUCUCUAGUACAAAAGACCGUAAAUAAUUCCAAAUCUAAUUAUACUCAAAUCAAAUUAAAAACAGGAUUGAUAAGACUUUUUUUUGGGGGGUGAAUAGAAAUUAUUAGACUUGAACUCCUUCGGCUCUUUUUGGGUUUCUUUCUUUUAAUUCUAUGUAAUUGGUAUUUCUUUGAUCAAAAAAAAAAAAAAAAAUUAUAAGACUUGAACUCAAGCUUGAGAUUGACUACGACAAUUAUUAGAUUAAGAAGCAAAGUAGUAUUAGAGCAUCUCCAGUAAGCAUAGCUAAAAUAACUUUCCAAAAUUUUACUUUACUACUUUAGUUAGCCACUUUUUAAGUAUACACUCCAACAAACUCUCUAUUUUAACUAUAUUCUUUUAAAAUGUUCUUAUUUUGGACAUUCUUCCGUUCAUCCGCCAAGACAUCCCCAGGACAACUAGUCUAUCCUUCCGGUCAUCUGCCAGAACAUCCCCCAGGAUGACCACUUUAAACUAUUGUAGUCAUCCCCCAACAUCUCCCAAAAUGACUACCUUGUGUAAACUACGUUGUGUAAACUAUUCUGCUGAAAUGUUUUUGUGCACUUCGAACUCUUGUGGUCAUCCCUCGGGACAUCCCUCAAGAUGACCACCUUGUAUAAACUGCUCUGUUGAAAUGUUUUUGUGCACUUCAGAUUUAAUGUAGGAGAAAAUUUAGCACCAAAAUGAGGAAGGGAACACUUUAGCGCCAAAAUGAUAAAUAAGGGAAGGGAAAAUUAAUAAAAAAAAUUGAAAGGCGCAUGAAUAGUGACUCAUUUGUACUGACGAGGUAUUGUAGCUCUCAACCAUUCCAACGAGGCUUGAACGAGUCUACUGGAAGAGUGUUUUCUGCUUCCAAGCUAGCUUCUAUGGCUAAAAAGUGGAAGAAACGAGGUUGCUAGAGAAACUCUAAAUUAUACAACAUAAAGUAAAUAUUUCCAUGUAAAAGAUAUGACAAUAUCAUUUUUUUUUUAUUUAUAUAACUAACAAUUGAUUGAUAAAAAUAAAAUUAAGUGUUAUAUUAAUUAGAAUUUCAAAGAAACUUAAUAUAAUUAUGUCAAAAUUAUGAAAUUCACUAUAUUUUCUAUAAAUCCCGAAGAGAGUUCAAUCUAAUUUACCCUAAAGUUGAUUGUAGAUGAGAGAGAAAUGAUUAUGAAACUUGGCACUUUUAUUUUAUUAUUAUUAUUAUUAUUUUUUAAAUGUAUAUAACUCUAAAAAAAAAACUCCCACAAUCCUAUUCACAAAUAAUAUAUCAAGAUAUAUGUUAAUUUUUAAUUUGUCACACAUCUAAUAAUUAAUAACUCAAUUUUCUUAUCACAUCAUUAUAAAUAAAUUUAUGCGUCAAAUAAAUUUGUGAGUCUCUGCCAUUAUUCUUAUUUUCAUUUGGUAGGGUUCUUUUGGUUGUAGAUAGAUCCUCAACUAAAGUGGGUCUUUUGUGAGCUAAUGCUGAUGACUCAAGCCAUACUGCCAAUAGGGGAGAGAACAUUUCCCAAAAACACAAUUGCUCUGUUAUCAAAGGGAUGUGAAGUUGAUGUUAGCCACCUCCUUCCUCACAGUUCUUAAAAAACUCGAGCCCAUUUUGUAUGCCCCAUCUCAUUUCCAUACGAACUACCACUCCCUCCGUUUAAACUACCUUUUGAAUUCUUGUUCCUCUCUUUCAGACCUCAAACGAAUCCAUGCUCUCAUCGUCACAAAUGGGUCCCACAAAAACCUCCUCUUAUCCACCAAACUCGUCACCUUGGCUCGUUCCGUGGCCCCAACAAUGGACUAUGCUCGCAAACUGUUUGAUUUAAUGCCUGAAAGGGAUUUAUUUCUCUGGAACACCAUGAUUCGAGGUUAUGCCGAUCUGGGUCCUUGUCAAGAAGCCAUAGUUCUCUAUAGAGACAUGCAUCGGAUUGGAUUAUUACCUGACAGCUAUACUUUUCCUUCCGUGGUUCGAUCUUGUGCUGUCCUCUCAGCUUUGAUGGAAGGGAGAGAAGUGCAUUGUAACAUAAUUAAGAAUGGAUUUGAUUUGGAUGUAUUUAUACAGAGUUCAUUAAUUACAAUGUACUCGCAGAGUUGGGAGAUUUUCAAUUCGGAACUAGUUUUUGGUGAGAUGGUUGUGAGGAACAUAGUUUCUUGGACUGCAUUGAUUGCGGGAUAUGUGCAAAAUGGAUUUUUCGAAAAAAGGGUUGGGCAUUUUUCGUGAGAUGGUAGUUCUGGGGACUCAACCGCAUGCAAUUACACUCGUGAGUAUUCUUCCCGCCUGUGCUGGUUUGGAGUUUUUGAACUUGGGGAAAUUGGUUCAUGGUUGUGCUGUUAAAUUGGGGGUGGACUCUGAUAUUUCACUGAUUAACACUUUAUUCGCUCUCUAUGGUAAGUGUGGAAUUGUUGAUACUGCCAGAUCUUUGUUUGAUCAGAUGCCAGUCCGAAGCCUGGUCUCGUGGAAUGCCAUGAUUGCUGCUUAUGAACAGACUAAUGCUGAUCGGUAUGCAAUUAAGCUCUUCCGUAGAAUGCUAAUUGAAAAGGUAGAAUUUGAUUAUAUCACAAUGGUUAGUGUUAUAUCAGCUUGUGCUAAUUUGGGAGCACUAAAUACUGGGAAAUGGAUACAUAAGCUUGUGAGGAACAAAGGUCUUGAAACUAAUGUUUCGAUUACUAAUGCUUUAAUUGACAUGUAUGCGAAAUGUGGAAACGUAGCUUUGGCAAGGGAUGCUUUCGACAAGUUGCCUCAUAAAAGUGUUGUGUCCUGGACUUCAAUUAUAGGGGCCUGUGCAUCUCAUGGGCAUGGGGACAAUGCUCUGACACUCUUCACAAAGAUGAAAGAGGAAGGAAUUAGGCCAAAUAGCUUCACCUUCAUAUCUGUUUUAACAGCUUGUAGGCAUUCAGGUUUAAUAGAAGAAGGGAAGAAGCAUUUUGAGAGCAUGACAAAAGAUUACUCAAUCAGGCCUGCUGUAUAGCACUGUGCUUGUACGGUGGAUCUUCUAGGUAGAGCUGGCCAAUUGGUGGAGGCUUAUGAGUUUAUCCAGAACAUGCCAAGUGGACCAGAUAUUGGUGUUUGGGGAGCUUUGCUUGGUGCUUGUAGAAUCCAUGGUAAUCUUGAGCUAGCAGAGCUUGUUGCUGACCGGUUGUGUCAGUUGGAGCCUCAAACUGUUAGUUUUUAUGUCCUUAUGACAAAUAUCUAUGCUGAGGCUGGUAGGUGGGAAGACGUAGCAAGAUUGAGGAAGUUGAUGGAAGAAAGAGAGUUGAAAAAGAUUCCAGGCCAUAGUUUGGUGGAGGUAAACCAGAGGUUUCAUACAUUUUUAUCAGGUUCAAAAUCACGGCCUUUCUAAAGUGUUUUAUUCAAGUAGAUAACAUUCAUCUCAAGUACCGUGGCCAACAUGUAUAAUGUAGGAUGCAAUAUGGAUACUAGUUUCUUGUAAGCAAUGAUUGGCAUU